AUGUUUAACUCGGUCAACCUGGGCAACUUCUGCUCGCCGUCGCGCAAGGAGAGGGGCGCUGAUUUCGGCGAGCGAGGGAGCUGCGCCUCCAACCUCUAUCUGCCCAGUUGCACUUACUACGUGCCCGAGUUCUCCACGGUCUCCUCCUUCCUGCCCCAGGCCCCCUCUCGUCAGAUCUCCUAUCCCUACUCAGCCCAAGUGCCCCCGGUCCGGGAGGUCUCGUACGGCCUGGAGCCAUCCGGCAAGUGGCACCACCGGAACAGCUACUCCUCCUGCUAUGCGGCGGCCGACGAGCUUAUGCACCGGGAGUGCCUGCCUCCUUCCACGGUCACCGAGAUCCUCAUGAAAAACGAAGGCUCCUACGGCGGCCACCACCACCCCAGCGCCCCGCACGCAGCCCCCGCCGGCUUCUACUCCUCAGUCAACAAGAACAGCGUUCUGCCUCAAGCCUUCGACCGUUUCUUCGACAACGCCUACUGCGGGGGCGGCGACGCGCCGGCCGAGCCCCCCUGCCCAGGCAAGGGCGAGGCCAAGGGGGAGCCUGAGGCGACCCCGGCCUCGGGACUGGCGUCCCGGGCUGCGGCGGGGGCCGAGGCCGAGGCCGAGGAGGAAAACACGAAUCCCAGCUCGUCCGGUUCAGCCCACUCGGCGGCCAAGGAGCCGGCCAAGGGAGCCGCCCCCAACGCCCCCCGCACCCGCAAGAAGCGCUGCCCUUAUUCGAAAUUCCAGAUCCGGGAACUGGAGAGAGAGUUUUUCUUCAACGUGUAUAUCAACAAAGAGAAGCGGCUGCAGCUGUCCCGGAUGCUGAACCUGACGGACCGACAAGUGAAAAUUUGGUUUCAGAACAGAAGGAUGAAAGAAAAAAAACUAAGCAGAGACCGGCUGCAGUAUUUCUCGGGAAAUCCUCUGCUGUAACCGCAGACCGGGCCCUUUACGGGGAGGGGGAAAAGGGGGGAAAUUAUUUUAUUUUAUUUUAUUUUUUAUUUUCUAACUCGCUUUCUUUCCGCGGGUGGAAAACUGGACUGUGGCCAGGGCUGGCCCCCACUGCCGUCGCCCCCACUUCUUUCUGGAACCUCCUUCACCUUCCGUCUGACUCGCUGUGGGACAGGGACCGGGCCUGGAAAGAGGGUGAAGGGAAGUGUCUAACCCACGGCGAGUGGACAUCGUUGGCGCCGAGGCCAAGACUCUCUUUAAAAGAAAACACACCUCGCGACAAUGUCUUGCUGCUCGGAUUGGGUGGGGGAGGGGCGAGAGUAGUGGGCGCCUGAGGAAACAAUCUUUGAGCUAAAAGCCUUCCCUUGCCCAAGUGAUAAGAUCUGCUAAGACGCCGCGUCUGUGAGGGGAGACUUCUUGGGCUCCCCACCCCUACCCCACCUCGCCCCACUGCUAGGGGGCAGCUAAAUGUGAUCCUGCCUUGCUGUGAAAUUUCUGUACCUUCGACCUGGUGUUAGGUGUGCAAAGUCCGUGUCCUACCGCCGUCUGCGCCCAGGCCCCGCCUGAGCCUAGUUGUUCUCCCCGUGAACGUGUAGAGCCCUCCUUUGAAAUUUCUUAACUGGUGCAUCGAGGUUUCCUAACCUAUCUCCAAGCCGUGCCCCACUCCAUAGAUUUAUAGCUAUAGUCUAUGCAGUUGUUACCUCCUUUUUUUUUUUUUUUUUAAGGAAGAAAAAAAAGAUUAGGUUG